UGUGCUGUGCUUCUAAAAUGCGCAAAAACGCUGAUUCUUUUUAUCCUAAACUAAUACUUGGAAUCUCGAAUGUGAUGUGAGAAAGAGAGUGCCACUGUUUCAAUCUCGGCAAAUGAGCGUUUAAAGCGGCAUUAUGUCUCCUGCGGCGCAUCAUAUCCAGCGAGCGCUCAUCUGUUCUCUUCUUCUCUGCAUGUCGACGCGCUCCUCUUCAACAUCCGAUCUCAAAUCCAAAAUACCUGGCGUGGAAGACCUGCUGGAGGAGUUCCGUAAGCAGCUACAGCAGGAUGAGUCGGACUCGAGGGAGGAUGAGGAGGAUGGAGACCGCUGUAUCAGUGGCUUCAAGGCGGCGGAGGAGCGCAUCAUCCGCGCCAGCGCGUCCAUCGAGCAGGGCGCCGCGUUCUUGUCCGCCCCGCAGAGGGUGUUCAGCUGGAGGGACUGCGCGCACGCCUGCUGCUCUCACCCGCACUGCACAGCCGCCAUCAUCCAGGAGGACCUCAAGCAGCCCGAUGACAGUUUGCGCUGUUAUCUGUUCAACUGCACGUACAGGGGCAGGAGUGUGUGCUCGUUUUCCUUUCAGCCGGGAUUCAGCACCUAUAGUCGGUUGGACAACAGCAGCUCUAGACGCCAUGAGCCCAGCCUUGAUUCUGCUGCCACUGACAGCCCAAGCACUUCAGCCGGGAGACCUUCAUAUGGGAUCGAUGAGGGUUUGGAUGAGCCGCCUCGUAGUGAUGCAGGCCAGGACUUGGUGGUUCAGCUGCCAACAGACUGGGCGGUGCUGGACGGCAGAGACAGCACUGAUGAUCAUGACAUCAUACAUUACCAAUGGGCUCUUGUGAAAGGAGACCCCUCCGUUAAAAUGAAGGUGACUCACCCAGGCCUGCUGAAACUCAGUGGUCUUAGAGAAGGCAUUUAUACCUUUGAGCUGACCGUCACCGACACGGCGGGACAGAAGAGAUCUGACAAUGUGUCUGUCAGUGUGCUCGCCCCUGCACCAAACGCAGAAGUGUGUACAGGUCACUGUUCUCGGUAUCAGUUCAUGUGUGAUGAUGGCUGCUGUAUAGACAUUGGUUAUGCCUGCGAUGGAAAGCAACACUGCCCUGACCGAUCAGAUGAAGAUUUCUGCCAAAAUUUUGAUAGUGGUCAUAAGUCCAAGCCCCCCUCUAAACAUGGACCAGAUAUACAAACUGAAGCAGAAGCCCAGACGCCCACAGAAAUACAGCUCAAUGAUAGCCCUAAACCUGAACAACAUCAACAUUAUGGCUUCAGUUCGCAAGAUCCCUGUGCAGCGCCCCCAGUGGUCGGCCCCUGUAAAGGCGUUUUCUCACGCUGGUAUUAUGAUUAUAAAACAGGAGAUUGCCAGCACUUCCAGUAUGGUGGCUGCAAAGGAAACCACAACAACUUCCUCCAGAAGUCUGAUUGCAUAAAUGAGUGCAUUCAGAAACCAUCAGUAACAAAACAUCAGGGCACUGCAACUCCGUUACCCAGUGUGAAAACAUACACACCUCCCAUUGCUUCUGUCCAUAAGGAAAAACUGCUAAAUCCUCUCCCAGAGUCUCGGAAUUCACUGCCAUCGUCUAAAAUACACCGUGUACUGGAAGGACACCCACCCCCUGAAUCAGGUGCGAUCUUACCCCUGGCUUUGGGUCUGAUCAUCAGCGUUCUGCUCUUACUGAUGGUGGGCUGCAGGCUCUGGCUUGUACGACGCAGACUGAAGAAAGCUUUGCCUCUCACCACAGAAGAGUCUGAUUACCUCAUCAAUGGCAUGUAUCUGUAGCACAACAGCCACCUGCCAAUCAACCCUCCAAUCUGCUGCACCCUUUGUGUGACUGUGUGUGUAGAGGACACAUAAGUUGGCAAAAGAAUCUAAUGCACAGCUAGUCAACCCUGCUCUUGGGGCCAGGUGCGCCAGCUGUAUAUGUAAGUUACAGCCUAGGUUUUUUUUUUUUAAUUGCACCAUUAAACUUGACGUUACAUAUAAAAUAAAUAUUUCCUCCAACAAAGAAUAAUGCAUUGAAUAAAACGGCUAAUUGAUUGAAUUGCAUCAGUAAGCUAAUGUUUUACCCAGCAGACUUCAAUGCUUAAUACAUAUAAUGUUGGCAUUUACAAAGGGAGAACAUUAUGUGCAUAAAUGAGUUUGAAGCUCUUCAACAUGA